AUGUUGUUUCAGAAUCCUUCGUCCUUUUUUUCUACAUCGAACAACAAAUCAACCAACAGACGCUUUGUGAGAGAUCGCUAUACGGGCACAAUAAGCCGGUACAAUCUGUACGGGAAUUCGACUGACUUGCAAUUCAUCACGGAUAGAUGGUCCAGGAUACCAGUCGGGGAGUUCAACGGGUCUCGCGUCGGUGCAUACUUUCCGUGGCCACCGAACAAAGCAGGGGAAAGAGUCCAGAAGCAUCUCGUCUCUGAGUCUCCGGAAAGCAUGUUCAAUACAGAAUUAACACGAAGACCCCCGACAAAUUUACCUGGCCGCAUUCGUAUGGCUUUCGGAAGGGCGGCACCCGGAUACUACGCUGAGCGGUUUCCAAGUAAGAAUCACGUAACUGAAAAUACACUCUAG